UUGGGAACAUGUGCUACAGCUAGCUGAUAUAUCUGCAGUGCGGCACAGGAACCAGCAGGGGGAGCGACGAUCAAACAAAUUUAGGACAAUACAGUAAUAUAAACACGGCUUAUAUACAAGUGCUCAGUAAAUGCUACGUAUGUUCUUUAGUUUAGUUUGCGAGGUAGCUUUAAGACGAGCUGGUUCAGAAUUUGUAAUUCCGCUCGCGCUAUCGACUGGGCCUGUAAUCGAGCUGCGCUCGUGUGCACACCGGCUGCGCGCCGCCGCACACACGGGCGGCUUCACCGACACCUUCUAUUGCGAUUUUUUUUGAAGCUUUGCAGGAAGCGCGUGGACCGUAAGGCAGCCGCCUGAAGCUCCGCCCAUCUCCGUUCCCCUGCAGUUCAAACAGCACUUGUCUUCUCCCCGGCUGUAAUAGGAUUUUGUUUGUGUCCAAGUCCACGACAGGAGCGCGAGCGUUACGACUGGAGCAGGAGGUUUGCCCUGAGGCCCUGCAGUGGAAAUCUUCACAAGGCAAACAUCGUACCGAGUGGAGUGGACAGAACAGCAGCCAGUAUGCUUAUCUGACAUUGACUUGGUGAGACUGCCAGGCAGGCAAACUCCAGCAGAUGAUGAUGAUGAAACUACUGCGCUAGUGCCAGAUGGUUUGGGAAUGAUGGACGUCCCUAAUGGCCAACCCAGUGUCUCCACUGCUGUCACCUCAGAGAAGAGCAGCAGUUCAGAGUCUCUGAGUGAGAAGGGCUCGGCUGAACUGAAGAAAAGUUUUGAUGCUGUUGUCUUUGAUGUGCUGAAGGUCACGCCAGAGGAAUAUGCAGGUCAGAUCACACUUAUGGAUGCUCCAGUGUUCAAAGCCAUCCAGCCUGAGGAACUCUCAAGUUGUGGCUGGAACAAAAAAGAGAAGCACAGUUCAGCUCCUAAUGCCGUGGCUUUCACACGAAGAUUCAAUCAGGUGAGUUUCUGGGUGGUGCGGGAGAUUCUUCAUGCCCAAACUUUGAAGAUCAGAGCAGAGGUUUUAAGUCUCUACAUCAGGACAGCGAAGAAGCUGUGCGACAUGAAUAACCUCCAUGCAGUGAUGGCAGUGGUGUCAGGUUUACAGAGCGCUCCUAUUUUCAGACUCUCCAAAACGUGGGCUGUGUUGAGUCGUAAGGACAAGGCUACGUUCGAGAAACUGGAGUAUCUGAUGGCUAAAGAAGACAAUUACAAGAGACUGAGAGACUACAUCAGCAGCCAGAGUAUGACCUCUUGCAUACCGUAUCUAGGUAUGUAUCUGUCUGAUCUCACGUACAUAGACUCAGCAUAUCCUUCCACCGGCAGUAUUCUGGAAAAUGAGCAGAGGUCCAACCUGAUGAACAACAUUCUGAGAAUCAUCUCAGACCUGCAGAGAUCCUGCGAAUAUGAUAUACCUGAAUUGCCCCAUGUCCAGAACUAUCUCAACUCCGUUCACUACAUUGAGGAGUUACAGAAGUUUGUGGAGGAUGACAACUACAAGUUGUCUUUGAAGAUUGAGCCAGCCACUAGCACACCUCGCGCAACUGCCUCUAGAGAAGACCUCGUAGGUUCGGAUGCCUCUGGUUCGCCCUUGUGUGGGCGUCGUGGCAACUCUGCUGAUGGUGGCCUGCCUAAAGUCCCGGGUACUCCGCCUUCCCCUCGCAACCUCCUACCCUAUGGACACAGGAAGUGUCACAGCCUGGGAUACAAUUUCAUUCAUAAGAUGAACACAGUGGAGUUUAAGAGUGCUACAUUCCCCAACGCCGGAUCCAGACACCUGCUGGACGACAGUGUCCUGGAGAGCAACACACCUACACGAGGACAAGCAGAGAGCUCCACUCUGUCCAGUGGCAUCUCACUGGGAAGCAGUGAAGGAUCUGAACUCAGUGAAGAAAUGUCUUGGCCUGCGUUCGAAAGGACACGUCUCUACCACUCUCUGGGCCCAGUGACCCGAGUAGGCCGAAUCACCUGCAGAGGAGGCCUCAGGCCCAGCAGCUCAGCCGAGUCCGAGGAGCUUGCGGUGCACCUGUACCCUGGAGCAGUGACCGUCCAGGGAGUGUUACGCAGGAAAACCAUCCUAAAGGAGGGCAAGAAACCUACGGUGGCUGCAUGGACUAAGUACUGGGUAGCGCUGUGUGGUACUCAGCUCUACUAUUACACUGCCAAGUCUCUCAAAGCCACUGAGAGGAAGCAUUUUAAGUCGACCUCGAGUAAGUGUGUCUCUGUGGUGGGGUUGAUGACCAUGAUGGCAGAUGACCCGGAGCAUCCUGACGUCUUCCUGCUGACAGACUCUGAGCAGGGAAACUCGUACAAGUUCCAGGCCGGGAACAGAAUGAACGCUUUGCUGUGGUUUAAACACCUCAGUGCAGCAUGUCAAAGCAACAGACAACAGGUAAGCAUUUGUGUUAAGACUUUUGUUCCUGUGUUAAGACCCAGUUUAGUCCGAGUCAUCUGCGAGCAGAGCAUCAGGGCAGCACUUAUGUGUGAUCUAGACACUGGCUGUGUUUCGUCUUAAGAUUUGUGUGGAUAGAACUGUUUCCUUUCAAAUAUGUUGGAUAAAUGCACCAAUGUUUUUGUGCUGUGUUUGUAAAAGCUUCGACUAUAUGUCGAGUCCAAUUUGGAUAGAGAUUUUCAAAAGCCAGGCUGCGAAAACAGUAGUACUCCUUUAUUGUGCUUUGCAUAGAGGAAUAAUAGAGGAUGAAUAGAAAAAUAACUACUAUUAAAUGCAGUAAUUAUGGAAUAUAUAAACGAUCAAUAUGUAGAUAAAAGGAAUAGGGUGAAAUUAUAAGGGAGGGCACAAGGCAGAUUAACUGGGUGUAGAGCAAUGGCCAGUAUGAAUUUCCUGCGACCCCAAGCCUUGAUCACCCUACGUAUUUAAAAAUUCCUGAGUUAUAGUUUAGGACUAUUUUAUCAUUUGACCGUUUUAUUUUGUCAGUAACGUACAUGCUGCAUGUGUGACAUAAGUGACUUAAAGGGUCAUGAAUCAUAUUUUAUUAUAUUGUUUUCCUCGAGCCGGAGUCAGAGCGGAUGGGGAAAAGUGUCGGAAUGAUAGCUAGCUAAUAGGCUCAAGCUUUUCAUGAAUAAAAGGCGAAGGCUCUUCCCUUCAACACGGACCCUCGGUGUAUAGGUCUGCAUGUGACGGCCCGAGGAGCUUUAAGCGAUUUAAUUAGCUCAAAAGGCAAGUAAAAUUGUCACGGUUAAAAUUAGGCACAUACCUCGUUUGAAGGGAUGGAAAAGUCCUUGGGACUGAGUACCACAUCAUUGUGUAGACGCAAACUGCUUUCAUGAGCAAGUCCACCUUUCUCCAAUUCUCAUAGCUCUCCCGAAUUAAAACACUUGAACUCUUACACCACUGAAACAAACUCUUGUGACCCAUUUGAACGCCUCUCUCAUCUACUACAUCUGUAGGAAAGCACCACUUGCUGUCAUGAAUAAUUAAGAGACAGCAUCUUCACAUAGGAUAAGAACACACAGUCUCAUGAAUAAUUAUGAGACACCAACACAUCAUCGAAGUCUUAUAGUACACUGCCAGGUCACUGCCUGUGACGUGUGAGAGGACGAGACUUUAAACCCUCAAGAUGAAAAUAAUGAAAAAAAGCUCAAAAUGAACCAGUUUUCUCCUGCAAUUAAAAUUAACGGAUGCUAAGAUUGUCUUUUAUGAUGUGCGAUAUGAACACACCUGUUAAAAUCUCAGAAAAUGUAGUUUAGUGUUUCAUGACACUGUAACAACCAAAGGAAGAUUCCUUGCAAUGACUUACCAGUGUAGAGGAAAGUGUACAGGAAGCUACAUCUCCUCAGGGUGGUGUGAUAC